ACUAUCAAAUUGGCUCAAUACUACGAUGCUAAUUGCCUAGACAAGCAUGUAAAAUGGAAAAAAUGUCAAAAUCCAAUGCAUGGACAGUGCGGUUUGGCUGGGCAUGUUGUUUUUGAUUUUACUCCAUGGAAUAACGUCAGUUGUCCAUGAACGCCUUUACUUGACUAGCCCUAUAGGUUCAGGAUGUCUUUGGGGUUCACAAGAAAAGGAAGAAAGAUCGACAUGAAAAAUCUACGAGUGAUCAUCCCUCUAGGCAAUGGUUUAGAGAAGAAUUUUCUUUCACGACCAAAUUUUCCUUGUUCAUUCGUACACCAACUUCCCUCUCGUCAUGUCGACUUUCUGGAAGAGGGCCUUGGUUUUAGCCUAUUUUAUUGUCUCGGACCAUUUUCUUUCGUGUUUGGUGUCGAGUCAAAAUGCGCCAGAGCAUUCUAAUGAACAAGUUCAUCACUAUUCUAUUGGGUCUCAAGCACAUCAGUAUCCCGAUUAUUAUCAUAACACCCCAAAUCAAGUUUACCCAUUGGCCAAUGGAAUCGAUCGACAAGGCAUUCAAGCAUUACUCUCCAGUCCCGGAGCUGCGGUCAUCCAGUUUGGGGCACUCAUCAUUUUGGGUGGGGCAGCCAUCAUCACGGGUGUCCAAGCGGCCAACACGGAUCGAGAUCUGAACACGUUGCGGUCUCGUUUUACGACCGUUUGUACCGCCGUCAGAGUAGCUGGAGCCGUGGACGGCGAAAUUGAGGUAGAUCCUGCCGCUCAAGAAGCCCUACGACGUGUCAACGCCGUCAUAUCGGCUUUGAGCCAAGUUGGAACGACGACUUGUAAUUUCUGAUUGCCUUCAAUUGAGACUGAGCAUAAAAAUAGCGUCUACCUCCUUGAUUGUUCUACAUAAUAGUCCAAGAAAUUUAGGGUUGAGGCCCGGAUAACGAUUGUUGAAGAAAUAAAUAUGUUUUCUCGCC